AGCAAAUUCAUUUCUUUCUUUCCCUUAGCAACGAAUAGCUGAACAGAUGACACUUCGUCCUGUAACAUGCUGAGAUUGUUCGAAACCAUCAUUGCAAUUUUAAGAUGGCACCGUUUAGAACCAGCAACAUCAAAAUCCAGGACCGCCUGGGGUAGGUGUUCUCGUCCUCAAAGGAUGUCCGGACCUCAAAAGCGAAAGGGGGCAUGAGGUUAUCUAUCAUUAUUACAAUGUACAUUAAUUUGUUUAAAUAUGGCGUCAGAAGAGUAAAUUGUAGUUAUAAAAAGUCACAGUUGUACCAAAACGUCGGACAAUAAAGAGGAAUUUUAAUCAUAGAUGUGAAAACC